UCUCUCUUUUGCGCCGUGUCAAAUCAAUCUACUGUUCUCUCUCUCUCUCUCUCCUAUCUGGAUAUGGAUUAUGAUCGGUAUAAGUUGUUCGUUGGUGGGCUUGGGAAAGAGACUAGUGAAGAAGCUCUGAAGCAGCAUUUUAGCAGAUAUGGAGUUGUGUUGGGAGCUGAUAUAGCUAAAGAGAGAGCCUCUGGAAAACCCAGAGGGUUUGCGUUUGUUCGGUUUGCUAAUGAUUAUGAUGUUGUGAGAGCUCUUAAAGACACUCAUUGCAUUCUGGGUAAAUAUGUUGAUGUGAGAAAGGCGAUUCGGAGACAUGAGAUGUUUUAUCAGCCAUUUAGCAUGCCUUAUGUAGAGAGCAAAGUGAAACAGAACAACGGUGGUUUGCAUGAGAUGCCGAGUAAUGGUAAUACUCAUAGGACCAAGAAGAUAUUUGUUGGAGGUUUGUCGUCUAACACGACUGAAGAAGAGUUCAGGAGCUACUUUGAGAGGUUUGGACGGACGACUGAUGUUGUUGUGAUGCAUGACGGUGUGACAAACAGGCCAAGGGGUUUUGGGUUUGUUACAUAUGACUCGGAGAACUCUGUUGAGGUUGUUAUGCAGAGUAGUUUCCAUGAAUUGAGUGAUAAGCGUGUGGAAGUGAAACGGGCAAUACCUAAAGAAGGAAUCCAGAGCAAUAACGGUAAUCUUAACAAUGUUCCUCCUACCUACAACAGCUUUCAAGCAACACCUUAUGUCCUAGAACAAAACGGAUAUGGGAUGAUGGUACAGUAUCCUCCCGCCUUUGGUUAUCCUCACGGAGUCCAAACCAUCCACUAUCCUUAUGGUUACCAAUUCACAGCUCAAGUGCCUAACGUUCAAUGGAACAAUCCAGUUAUGCAACACCCUGGUUUUUACUGCCCUCCUCCUCCUCCUCCUCCUCCCACCAACACAGUUGGUUAUCUCCCUUACAUGAACGGGUUUGAUCAUUCGGGUACGAACGUUCCUGGUUACAAUCAUGUAGCAUGGCCUGUAACGGGGAAUGCAGCUGGUGCGGUAAUACAUCAGUUUCAAGAUUUGAAGCUCCAGGUCCCUAGCCAAGCCCAUCAGAGAAUGAUAGGAAGUAACAUGGGAAAGCCAUUGCAGAAUGGUACAUAUAGAUGACAGUUGCAGAAUGAUAAACGCAAUUAGGCUCACAAGGUUAAUGAAAUUCUUUGGACUCUUUAAAAUGGUUUUUUUUUUUUUUUUAGGUUUCUCAUCUUUCUUAAUUAACUCUUUGGUAAAUGCGUUGGUUGGUAUGGUUGCUUUGUAUAUAAUGUUUAGGUAUUUUAUUUUAACCACAAGACAUCUGCUGUAAUAUAUUCCUUUGUGAUAUAUCACACAGUCAGUUCGUUCGUUUA